CUCAUGUGACCGCAAACGACAGGAACAAAUAACAAACAGCUUUGGUGACGUAAAUGAUUUCAGAUGAUAUGCAGCUACAGCUCUGAACAAGAAUCUGAUGGAAGCCAAGAAAGUAGCAAUAACAGCUGAUGCCUGGACAGCUCUCAUGACUCGACAUGACAACAUAUUAUUUUGGUUUGGGUGGAGGGCACGAUUAAUGGAGGGCUGGAUUAAUCAACUUCAAAGAAUAAUUAAAAUGACCAUCCCUAGUAUGUGUUCAUGUACAACAAGUGUUGUAUUUUGAUGGCCCGCUCUUAUUGUGUCUCCAUGGGGAUGACAACAACUGAGUAGUGAAAGUCUGCUUCCGUCUAUCUUCACUUCAGUAGUUUUCCCAGGUUCCAAAGCUAAACAGAGUCUUCAUUGGUCGUUCCUGGCAUAAACUCUGGGAGGUUCUGACAGUGAACUCAAAAAAUGAGUGUGUGUAUACUAGCUUCUAAAUGGUGAUUUCUAGCACAUAUAUUGUUUGAUUUAGGUAUAAGUUGUAAUACAAGUUUUUGUUCCUACAAGUGAAUCAACAUAUUUCCACAUGCAGUAAAAAGUAGGUGAGCCUGGGCCUGUGCUCUCCAAAGAGGGAUUUCCAUGAGCCUGCCCUCUCAAAGACCUCCUCAGAGUCUUCUCAUGUCCGCUCAUGCUUUGUGAUGACUAAAACAACUGUCAGCUUUAAUGAAGCUGAGGCUUGACUUCUCAGCUCAGUCACUGCUCUCACAGUAUCUGAGCCCUUAAAUCUGGGUAGUGGAGUUAGUGAGUAAAUGAGCAGGAAGGUGCAGAAUAUCCAGACGUCUUCACAUGUUGUUGUUCUGCAGACUUUAAUGGAUUCCUUUUAUUUUCACAUUAAUCAUCACCCUUGACAGACAGAUGAUACACUCAAUGAUCAAACCGUUCAAACAGCCACCUAUGAUUAUUUGUCUUGUUUCUGUCAUUAUUCCAGAAUGUAGUGCGGUACGAUCUCAGUCUACACUUCUACAUCCCACCAGGCUGAAUGUAUCGUUUAAGGUGGUGCGAAGAGUUCUUUUUCUCUGGAUGCCUUUCUGUCAGCAUCACAGGGUGACGUCAGAUUCAGCAAACCUUAGCUUUGUCAAGCUAACAGAGGUGAAACAACCCACACCGGAAACACACCCACACAUUCAUCAAAUAAAAGCACGGACUUUGUUGCCUUAUGACAUUGAGUUCCACAGAAGUGUUGACGUUUUUACGUGAUCGAGAGCUGAAACCGUUUUCUUAUUUUCGACCAAUAUGCAGUUUCAUAAGGGAUUCAUCACUUGACAACAAUAUUUGACCAAAACGAGAUAAAGUUAAAGAUUAUUAAUCUUUUUUAAUGAAUUUCAUGUGAAAGGGUUGCUUAACAUCCCACAACCAGACACUGACAAAUAGUGGUUGUUUAGUAAGCCAGUCCCUUGAAAAUCUAUCUUUAGGUCAGCAAAACAAUAAAUAAAUAAAUGUUUCCUUCUUCCCUAGAAUUAGAUGCUUGGCAGGUUGUGAUUUGAAAUGAUAGAAAAUGAAUCAAUAAAAACUCAAGCACCUGGAAAAACCGUGUAGGCUUUCUCAUGAUUCCACAUGAGAUGAGAUGUUUCCUCAGUAUUUGUAAAUUCCUGCAGACUGCAUGAAUCCUCCAUUGUCUCACCGAAUGUCCGUCAAAAUGCUUUUAUUUUGCAAGUGUCCGGAAGUACUACAUGUUCUCUCCCCUUUUCUGCACACACUCCGCUCACAGUCCGUGAGUCUUGGCCGUCAGCAGAAUAAGCAUUAGAGUUGUCUGUACACAGAAGAGAAUUUGGUCAAAGACUAAAGGAGCGGUCUGAGAGAGUCCUCCAGGCUCCGUGUCGGUCAGCAGGGCUGCUGCGGGUCCGUGGCCUGAUCUAUACUGGCGGCGGAUCAGCUGCAGUUGAAGCCUUCGAGAUGCUCCGAGCUCUCUGCAGCUACACAAUAACACCGUCACCGAUACCGGCCCGGGGACACAGCUAUGCUUUUCAGACGGAGAGCCAGGAUGUUGCGAUGGCUGGUGUGCGGUCGGUUGGGUCCAGUUUGGAUGUGGAAAGCACUGCUGCUUUUUGUGGCCAUUGCUUUUGCUGGUCAGCUGCUGGGGGUCAUCUUCAACAAGAGCAGUGUCCAGCCAGCUGCUCGCUCCAUCUUCUCAUCCCCUGAUGCUCAGGGGCCGUCUCUGGGCUCCUGUCAGCCCCACAACCACAUCAUGUUCCUUAAGACCCACAAGACGGCCAGCAGCACUGUGCUCAACAUGCUGUAUCGCUUUGGAGAGGAACGCAACCUCCGCUUUGCCCUGCCACUGGGCUACCAGCUGGGUUACCCGCUGCCCUUCAAUGCUCACAGGGUCAAAGGUUACAGAGGUCCUAGAGCUGUGGAGUUCCACAUCAUGGGCAAUCACAUGAGAUUUAAUAAGCCUGAGGUGGAAAAGGUUAUGCCAGCAGACACAUUUUACUUUUCUAUCAUCAGGGAUCCGGUCUCUCUGGCUGAGUCCUCCUUUGCUUAUUACAAAGAAGUAGCACCUGCCUUUAGGAAAGCCAAAGGCUUGGGUGACUUUGCUGAUGACCCUAGGAAAUACUAUGACCCCCGUCUCCGCAACAACCAUUAUGCCCGCAACCUACUGUGGUUUGACUUUGGCAUGGACCACAAUGCUAAUUUCUCUAUGGCGUUGGCUCAGCGUGGCGUGGCCAUGGUGCGCCGGAACUUCAAGCUGAUUCUAGUGUCUGAGUACUUCGACCAGUCCAUGAUCCUGCUGAGGCAUGCCCUCUGCUGGCCACUGGAUGCUGUUGUCUCCUUCAGCCUCAAUGCUCGGCAGCAGAAACCCAGUGGCAUUGGGGGGAUGAGUGGAAGUUGGGUGGGCAAAGCAGCAGCAGUGGCUGGUGUCAGUGUCAGAGGUGGACAUUCACAGGCCAAGACACUGCCCAAUCUGUCACUAACAGAGGAACAGCGGGAGAAGCUGCGGCAGUGGAAUGCCUUAGACUGGCACUUAUACAAAGCCUUCAACCAGACCUUCUGGGAGGAAAUCGACAGGUUUGGUCUUUCUCAGAUGGAGCAGGAAGUGUCUCUUCUCAGGAUGCGGCGGGAAGAUCUGGCCCGGGUUUGUCUCAGGGAUGGGGGGAAACCUGUGGAAGCACACAGGAUCCGAGACAAAAACAUCCGGCCGUUCCAGAGUGGAUUAGUGAAGAUUCUUGGCUAUGAGCUCCAGCCAGGGCUGGACAACACCACCAGAACAGCCUGUCUCAGGAUGAUUAGGCCCGAGAUCCAAUACAAAGAUGUGCUGGAUGCUAAACAGUUCCUUCGGGCUCCGGCGGUCCAAGGCCAACCUGUGCAACAGAACGUGGGACGGAUGGUGGCAGCUGGUGGCUAUUUUAUAAGACAAGACUCAUCCAGGACAGGAGAGAGGCUAGUGGGGGGAGAGGCUGGGGGGAGGACAGUGGACGAGGGGGAGAGAGACUGGGAUGGAAGCCAUUUAAUGCGGAGCAACCAGACUUUGAUGCGAGGGCAAGACAAAGGAAGGUUGAGAUAGUUUGAGGUGAGUCCACUUCCUAAAUACGGUACCUUUGGUCUUUGAACAGUUAGAAACUGAGAUGAAUGUGGUUUACACAUGGGAAAACAAAAAGAUCCUCCUUUGCACUCUAACUUUUUGGUCGUUUGCCUGUUUCCUUAAAACUGUCUCUGCUCAUAGUUAGUGUAAUCCUUGUGGACUUGACCUUUGACCUCUGAGCACCUGGGAUGCUUUCAUGGCUGCAGUUACAAGCUGAUAGGCGGACAUAUGUUCUGUUUCAGCAGAAUGUGAAAGGACCACUUUUUUUCCCCAAGCACUCCUGUUGUCGGCAGGUCCCUCUGCUGUUUAUCUCACAGUCUUAGCGUGUGACCGUAGACACAUGGAAGCCUGUUUUAUUCCCUGUCCAUAUGAAUACUUUUAAGAGUUCUGAUUUUCAUGUUGACCUUGGUGCACAUGCUUGAAAUUUCUCAGCGUAAAGGUACACAUAGCCCCAGUUUGUGCCUCUCAUGCAGAACUGUCACAUGAGUCACUGAGCUAAGCAUCUGUUUUUCUAAGAUAAAUAAUUAAUGAUCUUUGAAACACACAAGCUGUUUCACAGCAUUUCUCAUGGUUUUGAAGGUAUUUCCAGAGAGUCUUUGUGGUGAUUCUGUGUUAUCAAACCACCGUCUGGGUUUUUCAGAGAUUGCUGAGUAUCUUUCAGGUAACCUAUGUAGCUCUGAUGUAAAGUGAUACAUUAGAGGACAAACUAGGGUUAUAGUAUGUAUAGAACACUAUUUUUCCAUGGCUGAUACAGUUUGUAAAGUCAGUAAUGGCUGGUAGAGAACAAAAAUAAUUAGGGUAAACUUCUUUCUUGCAAACACUUACUGUAGCUCAGCUUCCGACUGUUAACCUGAACAGCUUCUUAAAUUUCUCUUUAAUAAUACAAGAGGGGAAAACAAUCUGAGGCCUGUGCUUUUGUUCUGAGCCGCUUUAUACUCACCAGUCUGCAGAAGGCUGGUGAGUAUCACCAUUUAGGCACAUUAGUUUCUUCCACUGUCUGCAAAGUAGAUGUAAUGUCACCUAUUAAAAGUGUGGGCCGAGAUGAAUCUCAAUGCAACGGCACUCCCUAAUUUUUUUAGAAUGCACAAUAAUGUCUUCAACUCCCCAGAAAUCCUCCCUGAUCUCUGAUGAUAGUUUGGUACUAAACCUUGAACAAGCAGUUAUUUUAGGUGGGGUGCUGUGUGGCAUUAAAACAAAAUCACAAAAGUGUGUCUUUAAACUUGACCUCAUUUUAGAUUAAACUGUACUGUCUCAAGGGGACAUUAGUAUUAGCCUACACACACGUACUUAAAAAAACAACUGAAAUAAAAUCGAUCAAUUACAAAACAAAGUAGCUUCAAAAGAUCUGGGCACCUGUAACUGGUCACUGAACACACUUUUUGACAUUAUCAGGUGAAAGUAAAGAGCUGAGAAUACAGACAUUGUGCAUAAACCCAGACAAACUGUUAAAUCUGACUUUGCUUGUAUAUGGAGGGCAUAACCCAUGAAUGGCAAUUACAUAUAUCAUUGUCAAGUUAUCUGUGAUAGCUUGCUGUAACAGCUGAGACCAUGGUUGAAAUGGUGGGUAACACUAUCUCAGACUGGUGUUGCUAUUAGUCCUGAUGUUCGUGCAAAUGAACACAAGUUUUAUAAAAACUGCUGUCUUCACCUUUCAGGAAGAAGCUGAAAUGCUUCAUCAUCUUCACCAUUAUGUCAUACAGCGUAAGCUGUGUUUAUCUCAGCAGUGUGUGUUAAUCAUGUGCUAGUAUAGCCUGCUAGUAAAACCUGCUGCUUCCUCGCCAGUGUGGUCAGGAUAGUUUAUCAUACUUAAAGUUCAGCAACACAGAAAUGUGCUCGUGCAUGUCUGCUGACAUUGUAAAACUAUGAGGUUUAUGUGACUAAAAAACAUCAGUGAGCCUCACUGCUGCAGUGGAUGUCCUUUACAAACAUAGCUGAAACAACUCUGCAACAGCAUUUUGGAUCUGUGAGCACACAUCACUGCUACAGUAGGUCUGGCCAUGAUUCCACAGCUACAGUGCUGAGGAGAGUAAGCUGAUUUUAUCAGGGCACACCAUCAGAGAGGCAUCUUAUUAUAAUAUGAUUAAAUAUAACAACUGAUAGACUGGAUAGACUUUUAAAGUGCUAUCCUUUAUUUGUAAUGGGGUAUUCUUACAUUGAAGUGUUUACUUAAAUCCCCUGAGGAAAUUUAAUGGUUUCCAGUAAAAUAAAUAUACUUAAGACUUACAGCAAACUCCACUAGAACCUCAUGUUUUUCUCAAUCAGUCAGUGGUCUCGUGGGUCAGUUCAGGGUCAGACAGACUGAACCACAACCCAAAUAUAUGACUGUUGUCACGGAAGUGAUUUCUUAUAUUUAUUAUAUGCCAUGUAAGCUGUGCACUGUUGUCCUCUCCUUAGUCUGUGAGUGGUCUCUGAAGUUACUCCCAGUAAACAAUACAAAGCAGAAACAGUUUAAGUGUCCAGGAGCAGUGAGCAGCCACUCUCCUUUACAUACAUCUGUUAAUGUGGUUGUCAUGUGAUGUGGGAGGAAAAGCAGAGCACACACAGAACCCAUGCAAGCACCUCGCUCUCUGCUGUGGGACUGGACAGCAGACAAGCGGAUGUGUGUAUGAACUUUGAGAGUGCUUCAAAGCGAGAUGCCUGUCUGCUGUGGUUUUCACUUGUGCUUUCAGUCAGAACAACACAGCAAAGUGACAGCACUGAUGCACCAUGGCCUCAUUUGUUUCACAGCCUUGCAGUCAAGUCAUUUGAGAAUGAUAUUUAGAGAUAAAUAUUUUACAUGUGGGGGGUCUAAGCAGUCACACAGAGACAUAAGAUGUGAUAUGUUAUGUCCUUUUUAAAGCCACACAGUUACAGAAUGAAUUAUCGUGCUUAUUCUAUGGCAAUGUGCCAGAUGAUGAUAUACAGCACUGUUUAUUCAUAUUUGGCACUGUAUACUGUUAUAAUAUUUGUGUUGACACUUACCUUUGUCAGCAUUGGAAAAGAUGUUACAGUUUGGAGCUUCAGACUCUCCACCCAUCCAUCCAUCCAUCCAUCCAUCCAUCCAUCCAUCCAUUAUUGUUUCCAGAUAUCUUUUGAAGGUUGCAGGGGGCUGGACCCAGUCCUAGCUGACAUUGGGCAAGGGGCAGGGUACACCCUGGACAGAGUGCCAGUCUGUCUGUCACAGGGCUGACAUAUAACUGACUCACAUUCACACCUAUGAAUGAGUUAGUCACCAAUUAACCUGUAUGUCUUUGGACUGUGGGAGAACAUGCAAACACCACUGACAGUGGUUACCAUUGUUGAUCCACAGCAACAAGGUCAAUCUUCAAAAAAUGGCCAGUAUAGAUGAUGGAUGGAUGAAUAGAUACACACCCUCUGAUGUAAUCAGAGCUGAGUAUUCUCCAUGAUCAUGAUAGAAAUUAAGCAGAGCACAGUUCACAUUGGACUGCACUGAAUAUUGAAAAGAACAAUUUUGCCAAUAUCAAGUAUGAAGAAGGUCUGAAAAAGAAUCUGACACUCCACAUGACAUCACAUGGCUUUAGGAACAUAACUCAGCUGCACAGUGUUCUGGUUGAGGUGGUAGGCAUAUUCCAACAGUUCCUUGAGCUUCCUUGAGGUGAUGUGCUGCUGAAACAUUCUUCCCCUAAACGUUUUUUCAUGAGCUGCUCAUUCACUGAAAUAUCAGGGUUCCAGAACACGGUCCAACAGGAAUAAUUAACACCAAUUUUUUUUUUUUUUUUUUGAGGCCAAUACAAAUAUAAAUAUUUGAGUGUUUGAAUCAGCCACUAUUGUUUUUUUAAGCAGAAGCAUAUAUUGUAAGAUAAAAUAAUAAAGAUAAACAUUUUUAAUUCUUAAGAAUAUUCAGAUAUUCAGAUUGGAUUGUAAAAAAAAUCUUAAAUAUGAAUAAAUAUAAUAAACCAAUGUUGACACAGCAGCUUGUUCACCUCAGUGUUUCCCACAGAUUUACUUUACUUAUGGUGGUGUGUGACCAGUGUGCAUGCAGUUUAGAGGGAGCUGUAACCCAGGUAAUUUUCUGUAGCUACAAUUUACAGACGUCCCCUGAACACCUCACAUUGGCAGACCCAAAAUGUUCCCACUCCGGAGCUGUGGACUUAUUCUUCCAAACUUCCUGGCUGGAGGUAUGCAGUUGUCAUCAAAAACACCUUUUAUCCCCGAGCAAUAUGCUUGCUUAACUUUACCUGGUUCACUGUGGUAUGUGUGUGGGCGUGUGAGCGUGUUGAGGAGUGGCCUGAGCCCUGCUCAUAGUUAAACUGACACUGACUGCAGAAAUGGCACAAAACAUGUCUUAGUAUAUUUUCACUCUGCUCAGACGCUACAUACAUUCUCAAUGUAUUGGUUAGGCUGUAAUGCAAGUUAUGGAAAACAAAUGGGCAUUUUCCACAAAAUGUGUGUGUAUGACAGACUUGACAGAUUUUUUUGGGUGAAACUCUGACCUUCCCUCCAAAGCCACCAUCAAGUCAGUCUCCAUUUGUUCAUCGUAAAUAUAGAAUUCUAACAGGCACAUGGCCCUGACCUUCUUACUGCACAUUCACUAAAUAUUAGCUCGUCUCUAAGCUUUCUUUAGUGCCACCCUCAGUCCAACAUGUCAACUUUGCAUGUAAGAUACACCAGCUCAACUGCUCAGAGAUGUCUCCAGGAAUCUGGGGAGUUUGGAACCCAGGUCAACAGCUUUGGCUCGUUAUCAUGUUCCACAAGAUAUUUCUGAGCAGUUUUUGUGGUGUGGUGGGAACAUUAUCCUGCUGGGGGAGGCACCUGACAUUGGCGAGUGUUGUUGCCAUUUGGGGUGUGUGCCUGGUCUAAAAACAACAAACAACAUCCAGGUGAAUGUCAGGACCAAAGGUUUCCCAGCAGAACAUUGUAUUGUAACAAGAUGACGGAUGUUAUUCACUUCAGUUAUCAGUGGUUUUAAUGUUACGGCUGAUCGGUGUAUCUCCUAAUAUGCAGACUGACAUAAAAUUUGCUCUGAAUAUUUACACUCCCAGACGUGCACCUUUUGAUUUAAAUGUCUCCAUGACGUUUCCUCCAGUGCCACCAUCAGGACAAACUCUACAUGCUUAAUUCCACUUUAGUUCCAAGGCUCUAAGAACAGCUAAGUCAGUUUGUUUGUCUAAGGUAGGGAUAUUAUUUGCACCAGUGCCAUAAUUGUAUUGUGAUGUAUAAACCAGCCCCACAUGCCUGUAUUACAGUGAAUAACUGGACUAAAUCUAGUACAUGUUUGCUGUCCUGGGGCACUGCUGAUUCAUGAGCUGUAGAACAAACACUAAUACACAGAACAGCUGCGGUCAUAGAAACGCCAUAGGAUUUUUUUCAUGCCUUAGAGUGUCAUGUAAUGGACCAGGGCUCUAAAACAAUGCCCUUCUGUAUUUAUUAUUCUAUUUGCCAUUUGUACAUACUGUAUUUAUCAGGGGUUUGCUCUCCUUAAAGGUUAGUGGUGAUGAGGGGAAGAGUAUGAUGGAAUUCACUGUUGAUUUUGGGACAUGGAUGAAUGCCAAGGUUGAAACGCUGAUGAAAAAUGCCAGUCAGGGUUUGGCCAUAAUCCAGUAUUAACAUUUAGGAUUUUAGCAUGAUAUAAAUUUCAUAUCAUGCUAUGGUUUUAGAAAAGUCAUUCAUCCAAAUUUAGAACUUCAGCAGAUUUUUUGCUUUAAAAAAUAACAAAAUGAGUAAUUGAAAUUAUGUGUGAAAAAUCACACUGAUUCCUUCAUAUGUGACUUUAUGUACAUGAUAUCAUUAUAUUUGUUUCAACUAUGUUGACCAGCCCCCUCCUCCCUCACCAAAGUAUCAGUAUUCAUGCAUCAAGAGAGAAAGAGUUGGCCCACACAUAAUAGAAAUCUUACCAUUACUAUCACAAAAUAUGCUCCAGUCUUUAUCUUGUAAUUACAAGACAGAAUUAUUAUCUCAUACAGACAAGAUCUUGGUCUUGUAAUUAUAUGAUGGAGCACUUGUAAUUGUACUAUAAUUUCUCUCACUUAUAAGAUAUUUUCUAUUAUGAGAUGCCAAGUCACAAUUAAGACCCAGAAGUCACAAAAUGUCCCAAUCUCCCAGUUAUUUUUUCAUUUUGUGAAUACAGUGUAGUUCUUUAAACACUGUGUAUACACGUGUGUUUAAUCCCUACUCACACUCCCAAUUAUACAAAUACAUUAUCUGAUAAUAAGUACCAGAAAAAAGAAUAAAACUGAGUAAUUGUCAUGGCUGUCUUCCUGAGCUUUGUUUUUAUUCUUCCAGAAGAAAUCUGCUUUAAAUAUUUUUACUGAUAUGGUACUGUGACUUAUUUUGUAGCUUGUUACAAGUAGUCAAGUUUUCAUAUGUGAACAUGUUGUAUGUUACAUAGUGUAUAAGAAUGGUGCAGAAAAUAAAAGCUAUGGCUUGUGUCAACCCUCUUCAAAUGUCAGAUUUUGAAAAAUGAGCAGAAGCUCUGGUACUCAGUAUGGUUCAUCUUAGAUCAUGCACACUUCAUUGAGCAGCUUCCAUCUCUGUCUACUAUCUGUCCACAUCCCUGGACUAAUUACUGGCAGGAAGUUCUUGGAUCUUCUCUCAACUUGUAGAUUUCAUUGAACUGGAAGUACAAGAGUUCAUUCAGAAAGCAACAGUGUACCUUGGCUUGGAUUUUACUUGAAACUGCAUAUAUUUGUUGAAAUUUGUAGUCGAUGACGCUCUUUGUGUGCAUCCACUGAGUUGUUUUUUUUCUUGUACUGAAUAAAUGCAACAUUUCUUUAAUGUCACCAA